AUGGCUGGCGUCGGCUAUCGUAAUCAGUGGAAGGCGCACGGCAGGCAUGCUGCCUUGAGUGCCCCGGAGGAGGCUCUCGGCAGUCGCGUUGCCUUGGUCAGUGACUUUCCUUUUCGACAUGUUCAGCUGUGUAAGGGGCCUGCGUCCACUAGACACGUGGCGGGGCUCUUUAGUAUGCGCUCUCUUCCCGAGGAUGACUCUUCGCUUCCCCAGGGUUCCCGUGGCGUCACUGAUGAGACCAUCCUGGUGAUAGCCUUUUAUGGUCAGGCUGGCAAUGAGCCACAAGUGGAUGACGUUUUGGCGUGUGCGGUGACCUCGGGGUAUAGGUUUGUGGUUCUUGGCGACUAUAACCUGGAGGCUUCCCAGGGCCGCUUGGGGUCGCUAAUUGCUCAAGGCACCGUUCUUGCUGGUGAUGAGUGUGCAUGUGGCCGGCCUCUUCCUGCCACGGGCCCGGUCAAUGCCCAGGGGGUGCGCUCUCGUCGCAUCGAUUUCGCUGUUAAUCACCGUGACCUGCCAGCGGUUUCAGUGGAUCACUUUCAGUGCGAUUGGUCGGACCAUUUGGGUGUGCACUACUCGUAUGCCCUUGCUGCCCCUCGCCCCUUGGUUGGGCCCAGGAGAUGCAAGCCUCGCGACGAUCUCCUGCCUUCUGACUUGGAGACCAGAUGUGCUCAAAUCGAUGCAGGACCGUUUGCGCUUGCUUUGGAAAGUAAUGAUUUGGACGGCGCUUGGCGCUUCUUGUCGGACACUGCCGAGGCCCUGCUGUGUGAGCCGUGCUCUGCAGAGUGCGUCCCUCGUGCGUCUUCGUGGGAGCCUGUCACCUCCAUUGCUGCGGGACGGUCGGGCAAGCAGCCUGUGAAGUCGGAAAGCCUGCGCCUUUUGCUGCGGCUCCGCGCCAGGCUCCAUGUUCUCUCUCAUCGGACGAACGAUGCUUUGUUGGCGGCGCGAAUCAGGCGCUCGCUUCGGUCCACACGCUUGAAGGUGCCAAGCCUGCCUUAUGCCCGCGAUGGAGAUGAGCUAUCUCUCCUUCCACAUGUCGAACAGCUCAUCGAGACCUUCACGCAGCAGGAGGAGGAUGCCAAAAAGCAACUGUGGCGCACCAGGACGCGCACUAACUUGCCUCGCGCCCGGUCUUUUGUAAAACGGCGCGCUGACGAGCAACUUGCUUGGGAGCGUCAGCUUCCGGAUGUUGCCAGUCCUGGCGACCCCGCACAUCCGGCGGUUGCGGUUGCAGCUGUGGCGAAAGAUCUGUGUGCGAAGCUUUCUCCCGCAUCCUUUCAGGCGGUCGAUGUGCAAGCCAUGCGUGACCUUUUGCGGCCCCUGCCGCGUCCUGCUAGCUUGGAGGUUUUGCCUAACAUCACGCCUGAGGCUCUCCGACUUUCAAUGCAAUCCAUGAAGCACCGCGCUGCCGGCCCGGACGCGUGGAAACCCGGACUGUUAUGUCUCAUGCCUGAUCCUUGGUGGGUGUGGACCUCCCAGCUGUGGAAUCGGUGCAUCACUUGUGGCGACAUCCCAGCCCAGUCGGCGCAAGCACGUGCGGUGAUGCUUAAGAAGCUCAAAGGAGGCUUCAGGUCCCCGUCGGACGCCGGUGGCAUCCCGGGCACGUCGGUGCCGGGUGCCCUGCUUCAACUGAAUGCUGCAAUGCGCGGCGGCGCCCGCGUUGCGGUUCAACAGGACAUUCCGGGGUUCUUCGAUGCUAUCCAGUUUGAAGCCCUUGAGGUCCUUCUUUCUCAUCUGAAAGCGCCGGCUUUCCUUUGGCCACUGCUGAGGGCCUUUUACAUGCGAGCUUCGCGCAUCAUCCAAUUUGAUGGCGCGUACAGUGAUUGA